AUGUUUCUUCCUCUCAUACUUUUUCUAAACGUCUUUAUCUCGAAGGGAACAAAUAGUGCUUAUAUAACAGUUAGUCCUACUUCUGUUACUGUUCCUAUUUAUGAGACAGCAAGUUUUACUUGUGAAGGAACUGGCAAUGAACUUAAUUGGAUAGUACACAGUAAUCCACUAACAGAAUCAGUUAAACAGCAAAGAGAUAUAUCAGUUACUAGCAAUAAUGAAGGUGGUAACUUAUCAUCAGUACUUACUAUCAGUGGGUUACCUGUUAAUGAUGGAUUACAAAUUGGAUGUCAGAUAAUAUCAUAUCAACCUUUUAAACAAGUGUUUACUGGCACUAGUACACUAACAAUAAGAGGGAUAUCACCAGUUGAAGACAUACAAUGGUCUAAUGAUGAUCAGUUAUUGUCAUGGUUUCCUCCUUCUUUCUAUUCUAAUGAUGUAUUUUCAGGAGGUAUUGCUGCUACUACAUAUAAUGUACUAGUGAAUGGUAUCAGUGUUACUAAUACCACUGAUACUAGUGUAUGGUUGAAUGCUGCAGGAUUGAAUAUAUCUUGUACUAAUUUUACUGUCAGUGUUACUGCAUCUAUUGUACAAUAUGUAUCACAAGGGAGAGAAUAUAUUUUUAACAACACUGCAAAAAUUUAUUAG